AUGGCGGGUGAUUCAGCUGACCAAGGUCAGGGCGAUGCACAGCUGAUCCAGGAGGUCGAGUGUCUAAAGAGAAAGCUUGAGGACGAGCGCAAUAAGCUUUCUGAUGAAGACCUUGUCACGGCUAGUCAGCACCUAGAUCCAGUGCCAUCUUUAAACAUUCGAUUACGACGAGUACUUAAAGGUCAUCAGGGUAAAGUAUUGAGUCUCUCGUGGUCUUUAGAUAAACGGCACAUAGUAAGCUCUUCGCAGGAUGGAAAAAUUAUAGUUUGGGAUGGUUUUACAACAUCUAAAGAAUACUCUAUAUCAAUGCCUACCACCUGGGUAAUGUCUUGUGCAUACAGUCCUUCCGGAGGCUUCAUCGCUUGUGGUGGGCUUGAUAAUAAAUGCACUGUUUAUCCACUUCUUUCGGAAGAGGAUCCUAUCCUUAAAAAAAAGCUUGUGGCAACGCAUACUUCAUACUUAUCUUGCUGUUUAUUCAACAUAUCUGAUCACCAGCUUCUUACAGGGAGUGGAGACAGUUCAUGUGUCUUAUGGGAUGUUGAAUAUGCACAAAUAAUACAAAGUUUCUAUGGUCAUUCUGCGGACGUGCUGAGCAUUGCACUAUCACCAUCAGAAUUCGGAAGGACAUUUGUUUCUGGGGGAUGUGACAGAUGUGCUAACGUUUGGGAUAUGCGCACUGGACAGUGUGUUCAGGUAUUCCAAGGUCAUGACUCUGAUGUCAACAGUGUCAGGUUUUUCCCUAGCGGUGAUGCGUUCGCUACAGGCUCAGAUGAUGCAACCAUCAGAUUAUUUGAUCUGCGCGCUGACCGUGAAGUUUGUAUAUACAAAAAGGAUAGUGUCAUUUUCGCAUGCAAUGCAGUUGACUUCUCUCUAAGUGGUCGCCUAUUGUUUGGUGGUUAUAGUGACCAUGCCGUGAAUAUCUGGGAUGUACUCAAAGGUCAACGUAUUAGUAUUCUCUAUUGUCAUGAAAAUCGUAUUUCAGCCUUACGUGUCAGCCCAGAUGGAACAGCUAUAUGUACUGGGAGUUGGGACACAACUUUACGGAUUUGGGCGUAA